GGAGCAGCGCGCCCCGAACCGCCUGCAGGAGGAGGUGCCCGGGGACACGGGAGGGGACGGGGCGUCCCGGGCGCCGGGGCCGCUCCGGUUCCUCAUUUCCCGGCGGGGCUGAGCCUUCCGCGGACUGCGCGCCGGGCACGGGGGCGAUGGACUACGAGCGCAACAAGGCGCUGCUGCUGGCGCUGCAGAGGGCGGCCGGGACCGGUAACGAUCGCUGCGCCGACUGCGGGGACCCAGAUCCAGAGUGGGCUUCUUACAAACUUGGAAUAUUCAUUUGUUUGAAUUGCUCUGGAAUUCAUCGCAAUCUUCCUGAAAUCAGCAGGGUCAAAUCCCUUCGGCUUGACUUCUGGGAGAGCAGUUUAAUAGAGUUUAUGAAGAACCACGGGAAUCUCUGGGCCAAAGCUAAAUAUGAGGCAAAGGUCCCUCCGUACUAUUACAUCCCCAGGUCCCAUGACUGCAUGGUUUUAAGACAGCAGUGGAUUAGUGCUAAAUAUGAGCGUGGGGAAUUUCUUGACACCCAAGUCUGCCAAGAUCCCUGUUCUGCAGGCAGCCGUGAAGGAUGCCUCUGGAAGCUUGGAAAGGGACGCAGACAGUUCCAGAAGAGGCAAUUUCUCCUGUCAGCAAAGGAAGGGGUGAUGAAGUACUAUGGCAAAGAAUCCAAAGGUCCAAAAGCUGUUAUCAGCGUUGAGACUCUGAAUGCAAUGUUCCAGGUGGAGAAAAUAGGACACAGUCAUGGGCUGCAGAUCACAUACAUCACAGAUGGUCAAACAAGGAACCUGUUUGUCUAUCACGAAAGUGCAAAGGAGAUUGUUGAUUGGUUCAAUGCUAUUCGGGCAGCACGUUACCAUUAUCUCAGAACCACCUUCCCAAAUGUCCCUGAGCCUGAGCUCAUACCCAGGAUCACAAGAAAUUUUGUCAAAGAAGGAUAUAUGGAGAAAACAGGACCAAAACAGAAGGAGGCCUUUAAGGUACGCUGGUUCUCCUUGGAUUCUCAAGAAAGGAACCUGAUGUACUUUAAAAAUCCACUGGAUGCAUUUGCACAGGGCCAGGUUUUCAUUGGAAGGAGGGAUGAGGGAUAUGAAGUACGAGAUGACUUGCCCCAGAAAGUCUGUGUGAAGAAGAAAAAACCAGUGAUCACUCUGGUCACGCCAGCGAGAGAGUUUGUGUUUCUCUGUGAGAAUGACAGCAAGCAGAGGGAGUGGAUGGAUGCCUUGAAUAGAAUCAUCACCCAACCCUGAUGUCCACAGGGAGGAGCAGGCAGGCAGCUACAUUCCACCUGGCUGCAGCUUCUGGCCACAUAGGGACAGGGUUGUUUUCAACAGAGUGGGGUGAAUGUUUCUUACAGCACUACAUUUCUGGCACAAUAAAAAAAACAAGCCAAGUUUAAAUUGUGGAGGAUACUGUAAUGGAAUCACUUCUGUAAUGGAAUCACACAGAUGCUCCUAGCUCCUUGCUUUCAACAGUCUCUACUGUUUGGCUUUUAUGUGAGUGGCAAAUCCAACAUCCAAUGAAUUUUUUUCCAAAGCACAAUCCCACACGGUGCCCCAGGGAACACAUCUAGAGUACAGGAUGAACAGACACUGAUCUGUCUCAGUCAACAGAUGAAGCUUAAUGAGCUUGAUUAGACUGAACACUGAAAGGCAGAAACAAGUUUUAAAAGUAUUUUCUUCUGUGAUUUUCUUGCAAACACUCCAUGAAUGAACACCGGUGUUCAGUGUUGGAGGGGAGCCUUCUCAUCAGAUACCAGUGUGUGCAGGAAC